UUAAUACAUUUCAUUCACUAUUGAUAUUCAAUUCAAUACAAGGAUUUAGUGUUCAUUUCAAUUGUUCUCCAAUUGUGUGCUAUUUGUGCGACAAUUAACUCAUUAUAAGCAGUGAUUAGCCGUCACUUCAGUCACUGUUUUGUCUGCUUUUAUACAACACUUGAGUCCAAAAAGCAAUUGAUUUGCAGUUCAUUAUAACCACUGAUUGUCUGCCAAUCGAUACUUCAUUUGUCUUUCAAUUAAACCCAAUAUGGCUUCGGAUCACGUCUUAAAAAACGACACAAACCUCACUCAACACAUGAAGCACUCGAGCUCUGAAGACACGUCCGGACCCGACGAAGACGUGGACAACCAAACGGCUGAUGCCAUCGAUGUGAUAGAAGAAGACAAUAAUAGGAAAGACUCUAAAAGUGAUGACAAAUCCAUGGGCNACAUGAAGCACUCGAGCUCUGAAGACACGUCCGGACCCGACGAAGACGUGGACAACCAAACGGCUGAUGCCAUCGAUGUGAUAGAAGAAGACAAUAAUAGGAAAGACUCUAAAAGUGAUGACAAAUCCAUGGGCGCAGACGUCACCCAAAAGGCCAUCGAAUCGGCCAAAUAUUUCGGAAGUUUCAUAUUCAGUGCCGCCUCUAAAGCCCGACAGACAGUGACGGCGACCGCCAAACAACUCAAACAUUCGGUCGAACACGCGGGAAUUAUGCAGGACUUCACUAAAGAGCAACAGGAGUUCAUCCGCGAACACGGGGGCAAAGCGGAGGUGUCGGACGCCCCGUGGGUCGGGUGCGAGGACGAGGACAAAGUGAAGACAGAGAUACUGUCCCUCUCUCAGGACAAACGCAAUUUCGUGCGCAGCCCUCCCAGUGGUGUACAGUUUGCCUUCGAUAUGGACACCACUUACCCCAUAGCGUUGGCCCUUCUCAAGGAGGACCCCAACCUCAACAAAAUGCGCUUCGAAAUUGUGCCCAAA